AUGCUUGCUCGACGUACGUUGUGGUUUUAUAUUUUUGGCCCGGCGUCAAGCGCAUAUCUCCAAGCGAACCCGUGCAAAACUUCGUCUUUCCCUACUGCGCCAGUAAGCCUAGAUGCACGAUUAGAACAUCUUCCGGAAAGAACGUCAGAAUUGUCUCUCACCAUUGAUUGGCUCUCGGAGACAGACCAGUGUCUCCAGCUCUUAGGCAACGCUCCGCGAGUUAAUGUCGAUAUUCAGAUUUUCGCUUCAUCGUUCCGCGAAUCUACGACUUUCAACAUUACAUGUCACCAGCUGGACCGAUACCCGUAUCAGAGCUUGUUGAGGGCGUAUACAUCGACCGAUCUGGGCGCUCUCUACCCUCUAUCAUGGAUACACGCCGAUGUACACCUCCAAAACAACAGUUCAGAAGAACUCCAAUGCUUAACUGCGCAAAUCACUCCCGGGCUGAACCGAUUGGAAUCUGGCCUCCUUCGGUAUGUUCCUAUAGCAGGCUUUGCAUUGGUCCUGGGAUCGGCCGUCUUCUUUCUGGGAACUACACUUGCUCGUAAGGAUGGCCAGCGUGGGGGCCAGCGGGAUCGGGCAUGUCAAGUCUUACCCACCCUGGUCGAAUUUUUCAUGUAUGUGCAGUUUGUUUUCCUCACUGCAAGUCUCAGCCUCCGCUAUCCCGGAUUUUAUCAGCCAGCUAUUAGCCGAUUGAACUGGUUUUCGCUUUUCAGCAAUAGCGCCCUCAUUAGCCACGGGCACGUUUACCCAAGUACCAGGGAUGGCAUCUAUGAAGUCAAUGGCACGUAUGGGGGAACGUUUGGACUUGAGCUCAUGGCCUAG